AUGGCCUUAUCAAAAUCCAAAAUAGCAGUAGGUCUUUUGGUGGCUGGAAUAUUGACGGUGGUAUUUGGCACUGUGCUUGUGUUCGUGGGACCGAUAAUUAUCGACGAUCAAAUAGUCAAGAAUGUAGAGAUUAACCCCAAGAACGACCUUUCCUACACGAUGUGGAGGGACAUCCCUGUGCCCUUCUUCAUGUCUGUGUAUUUUUUCAACGUCGUCAACCCCAACGAAAUUUUGAAAGGAGAAAAGCCCAUGAUUGAACAAAAGGGGCCUUAUGUUUACAGUGAGAAACGCUGGAAGGACAACAUCACAUUUCACGCCAACAACACAGUGUCAUAUCGUGAAUAUCGUCAGUAUUUCUUUGAGAGGAGCAUGUCUGUGGGUGAUGAGUCUGAUGUGGUCACCAUCCCCAACAUGCUGGUGUUGGGUGCAGCUGUAAUGAUGGAGAAUAUGCCCUAUGCUGUGCGGUUAAUGGUCAGCGCCACCUUUAAGACUUUUAAAGAGGGUGCCUUCCUCACCAAACCUGUAGGUGAACUGAUGUGGGGCUAUGACAGCAAGCUGGUUGACUUCCUCAACACGUUCCUGCCAGGAAUGCUUCCCUCCAGUGGAAAAUUUGGUUUGUUUGCUGAGUUUAAUAACUCCAACACAGGGCUGUUCACGGUGUUCACUGGUCAAGAUGACAUCAGGAAUGUUCACAAGGUGGACUCAUGGAACGGCUUGAAAAAGGUGAAUUACUGGAGGACUGAACAGUGCAAUAUGAUCAAUGGUACAGCGGGCCAGAUGUGGCCACCCUUCAUGACCCCUGAAUCCACCUUGCCGUUUUAUAGCCCAGACGCCUGCAGAUCGAUGGAGCUGGUGUAUCAGAGGCCUGGGGUGAUGAGGGGGAUCCCUGUGUACCGUUUUGUUGCGCCAAAGACUCUGUUUGCUAACGGUUCAGACUACGCCCCCAAUGAAGGCUUCUGCCCUUGCAGAGAGUCCGGCCUGCUCAACGUCAGCACCUGCAGACACAACUCACCAGUCUUCAUCUCUCACCCACACUUCUACAAUGCCGAUCCUGUCCUGCUCAACACGGUCAAUGGACUCAGCCCAAAUGAACGUGACCACGGACUCUUUAUAGACAUUCACCCGGAGACCGGGGUUCCUAUGAAUGUGUCGAUCAGACUGCAGCUCAACCUGCUUAUGAAGAAAGUCUCAGGGAUUUCAGAAACAGGGAAGAUCUCUGAGGUGGUGAUGCCGAUGAUAUGGUUCGGAGAGAGUGGAUACAUUGAUGGUCCUGUCCUCAAAACCUUCCACACAAAUUUGGUGGUUUUACCCAAAGUGAUGGAGUAUAUGCAGUAUGUUUUCAUUGCGCUAGGCUUAGCCACAAUCCUGCUGUCUGUGGCUCUGAGUCUGUGGGAGAAGGACGACAUAAAAGACACUAAAAACGACCCAAGUGCCAUUGCGAGACAAGCUGAAAAAUUUAUCAUGAACAGCACAGAUGAUCAGAUGUAAUCACGCGGCCAGACCC